GAGUUUCCUGGGAAGUAGGGAGAGGUGGUAGAAGCAAAAUAGAGCACGAUCAUAUAUUUGUCAUUUGGGAGCAAUGCCAAUAUUAAUAGAGCUGGCAAAAUGAAGCUUAAACAGAAACCACUAUACAUUAACAUCAUUUCUCAUGCAUUCAAUCUGUUGUCAAUUCAUCAACUACCGGUCUCGCCAAAAAGUAGAUUCAAUUGUAAGUUUAGUCACAUCGAUGGAUAUAUAUACAUACGCGUAUGUUUAAUGCAUGCGGCGUUACUGAGCAUUAAUUUGAUCAUCACUUUAACUGAUUUUCCCCUUAUUAAGUUGUCGUACGUGUACCUUCACCUGCUUUCCCACUUGCCUCUUCUUCCAUAUCCUUAUUUCGUGAUGCCAAUUUGUUCUCUUAUUCUCCACCUUUACCUAAAAUUGAACACAUAAACAAACCUGAAAGCUACUCAAUUGUGUUUUUGAUUCACCAAAAUUGACAUAGAUUCUCUCCUCCAGAAUUUGCACAAGAGAUGGGGCUGUUGGAUCUCUUCGUUGCUGCAUCAAUGCCGGUGCUGAAAGUGCUUUUGGUUACGGGACUUGGAUUAAUACUUGCUCUCGAUCGUAUUGACUUACUGGGAGACGAUGCUAGAAAACAUUUAAAUAAUAUUGUAUUUUUUGUAUUCAGUCCAGCCCUUGUCUCCAGCAACUUAGCCAAAACAAUCACAUACGAAAGCAUGAAAAAAUUGUGGUUCAUGCCUUUCAAUAUCCUCAUCACUUUUAUUAUUGGUUCAAUUCUUGGUUGGGCAGUCCUUCAGAUUACAAGGCCUUCCCAACAUCUACGUGGACUGGUCGUUGGCUGUUGUGCUGCAGGAAACUUGGGCAAUAUGCUUCUCAUUAUCAUUCCAGCGGUUUGUAAAGAGAAAGGGAGCCCUUUUGGGGAUCCUGGCAUUUGUCACACAUAUGGAAUGGGCUAUGCUUCACUUUCGAUGGCAGUAGGGGCGAUUUAUCUAUGGUCUUAUGUUUAUAAUAUCGUGAGAAUAUCUUCAAGUAAGAGCACAAAGGAAGUUGAGAUUAAUGAUCCCCCCGCCAGUAGAUCUUCAAGAGAAGGUUCUAUAUCACAACUUGGGACAUCAACAGAAUCACUACUUCCGUCGAAGGUCCCACCAGAACAACUUGGGCUUCCUUCCACUAGAUUUGAUCACAAAACUCAGCAGGCACACCUUGGGACUAAACUAAAGCAGUACAUGGAAAAUCUUUCGAAGAAGAUCAACCUGAAGACGUUAUUGGCCCCUUCUACCACUGGAGCGAUUGCAGGUUUUAUAGUUGGACUUGUACCUCAGAUAAGGAAGUUGAUGAUUGGUGAUGUAGCUCCUCUACGUGUGAUAGAAAAUUCAGCUAUUCUACUAGGGGAUGGAGCCAUCCCACUGCUAACGCUAAUCAUGGGAGGUAACCUUUUAAAGGGUUUGACGGGUUCAGGGAUUCAGAAAUCCCUACUUGUUGGCAUUAUUGUUGUCAGAUACAUUAUCCUACCUCUGAUUGGUAUCGUUGCAGUCAAAGGAGCUAUUCGCUUGGGCUUGGUACAACAUGAUCCGUUGUAUCAAUUUGUGCUUUUACUUCAAUUUGCACUUCCACCAGCAAUGAACAUUGGUACCAUAACGCAGUUGUUUGGAGCUGGCGAGAGCGAGUGUUCAGUGAUUAUGCUUUGGGCUUAUGCAUUGGCUUCAAUAUCGCUUACUCUGUGGACAACAUUCUUCAUGUGGCUUGUAGCUUAACUUUAUUUUUAUAUCAUACACACACAAGUUGACAUGCCCA